ACUUUCAGUCCUGUUCUUCAGUCUCGGGCACCUUACGCUCAAUUUCUCAUGGACAAACCCUGAAACACAGCACCAAACAUAUCCUUUAGUUCAGCAGUUUAGUGUUUAGAAUUUUGAUAUAAAAUCUGAAUUGCUAGAUACCUUAAUUAUUUUCUCAGAAUGUACAAACACCUGAAACAUACACCUGCUAUUCAGCUUGAACCUUUGACCCCUAACAUUCUGCCACAGAACUCCUCUCAGAGAGUUACUCACUUGAGUUACAUCUGUUAUGUCUAAAUGUGCGUCUCAUUGUUGGCAAAUACAUAUCAGAAAAGAAUGGGAAGGGGUACUGGAGGAAGAAAGAGAACCAUUUUAGACAGCAUGGGUGUGAUAAUUCAAAGAAAGGUAUUCCACUGAAUUUCCUGGAAUUUCCAGGGCAUAUGAUUCCUUAGGCCUGCAAGAGAGCCAGGCCCCCUUGCUUUUUGUGCUUCUCUAUAACGUUCACAGGCUAGACAUAAAAACUGGCCACUUGCCACUGGUGCCAUUCUUCAGAGAGGCACUGUCUUCGUUAAAUGUCAGAUUCAUUCGUGCGAAUUCUGUGCCUACUUCUUUGACCUCAUGUAUGGUUCCUUUAAAUGAUCACUUAUGGCACAGGUGUCUUCAUUUUACUCUCUUAAUCGCACAUCAGGGGUCUUUCCUAGUCUGUCAAGAGCCAUCUGAUGUUAAUACCAUUCACCACUUCUUUCAGGAGAUAAUCUAUGUUCCUUUUCUUGGUGGAGGGGAAAACAUCCCUUGCAUUUACCUUCUAGUUAUGGGUAGAGGCACCAGCCACCAGCCAUUAUGAAACACAAGACAAUUUGUAAGCUGCCAUGGACAACAAUGGAUUAGAGAGGAAGGAAGUUGGGGGCGGGUGGUGGCUGUGGCAAGAAAACUUGAUGUGUAUGGUAAGUGUAAAUGAAGUUCUGUCACAAAUGCAUUAAAAAUUGUUUUAUGUAGCCAAGGUUAUGUUUUGAUACUUUAAUUUUAAAAAGGAUGAUGACUAUGCAUUUACCAUCAAGAUAUUUCGUUUCUUUUGUUUCACAUUUAGAGGAAAGGGAAGGUGGGGGGAUCUGAGAGAAUAAGCUUAGAUGGGGCCACCACCAUUGUCAAGCACCCGGUUUGACAGUGUCUUUGCACCGAGCUGUCUCCUCUUGGUAGUGGUGAUGUCACACUGCCAGGGUGUGGAAAGCCACCCUCCCUUCCCUGUCUUGCCUUCCACCUGCCCCCCGGCUUUCCCUGAGAGCUGGCCUGAUACCUCUUUCAGAGUCAAGAGCUUUUAAAGGGUUCUGGCCCAGGACAGGAGUUCUGGAAUGGAAUCUUUCCACUUUCUGUUAACUGAAAUACUAUUUUCCAAUUUCUCCCCAUGGGCUUUGAAUAAACCUUCAACACGCCAACCCAUAUCAAGCUUUCUCCUCUCUUCCCUGUCCCAUAACCUCUGGUUGGGUUCAUGUACUGUUUCUUUGUGGAGUGAACAGUGUUUCCAAUUAGAAUCUGCCUGAAAUGCGGCCACAUUUGCCCACUGAGCAUCCUGUUUUCUUAUGGUGGCUCUCACUCCAGAAGAUUUUAACACUGUCUCAUCAAACACUGCUUUCAGGAAGGAAUUUACACUUAAAAGGACUGUUGAGGACUAAUGCUAACAGAAGCUAACAUUUAUUGAGUAGGACAAUACACUAAACACUUCACAUGUAUUAUCCCAUUUAAUCCUCACAACAACUGCUAUCCCCAUUUUACAGAUGAGGGAGUGGAGAGUUCAGUAACUUGCUCGAGGUCUCACAGUGGAUCUUUCCAAAGCUGAAGCCUAUGCUUUUUUUCAACCGCAAUGGUUUCAAACAAGAGUAUAUACAUUUGUGUGUGUGUGUGUGUGGUAAAAUAUACCAAAAAAUUGCCAUUGUAACUAUUUUGAAGUGUACAAUUCGGUGACAUUAAGUACAUUCACAAUGCUGUGUAACCACUACUAUCUAGUUUCAGAACUUUUUCAUUGUCCCUAAAGGAAAUCCUGUACCCAUUAAGGAGUCACUCUUCAUUCCCCUUCCUUCCAGCCUCUGGCAACUACUAAUCUGUCUUCUGUUUCUAUGGACUUGCCUGUGCUGGAUAUUUUAUGUAAAUAGAAUCAUACAAUAUGUGGCCUUUCAAACAAUAUGGCUGGCUUUUUUCACUUAGCAUAAUGUUUUCAAGUGUCAGGCUAGUGUAUUAUGUAAUAGUGCCUUAUUUCUCUUUAUGGCUGAAUAGUAUUCUGUUAUAUGGAUACUCUACAUUUCGUUUAUCCAUCAGUUGAUACACAGGUGUGUGUACGUUAAAAAAGAGCUAGCCUUUAUCUUCAAGGACUGAAUCUCUAAGGUAGGAUUUCGGGCCUAAUGUCAAGCUGAGAGAAAAGACAGUUGGAAGCAGGGGCUCCUUCUCAGAACUUCCAGGUAACAGCUUGGAAAUAACUUAUUCCUGGACUAGCUCUGUGGGCAUGGCAAGGCAGGAGGGGUAUAGUGGCACCUGUUCUCCAUGGGUGUAAAUGGCUUCCAAACUACUUCUGCCUGGUAGAGAGGUGAGUAGAGGAGGGCCUUUGAUAAGCUCCUGGAAUGUAAGCUCACAAUUUCCAUCCUACCCUCUUCUCCUGGCAUUUCACAGGGUAGGGGGUAAGAAGAGGCAUGGAGCAAACACUGGGGGCCUUGAGAAAAUAUCUGGGCUCCCUGACACAGGAUGUUGGUAUAAACAUGAUGGAGGGGAGGAAUAGAGGUGGCCCCCUGGAUAAUUUAAUCCCCAACUCAGCGCAGCCCCUUCCUGAAGUGGUUGUCCUGGAUUCUCCAUAACAUGCGCACACACACAGACACACACACACACACACACAGAAUUAAUUAUGCAACUUAUUUUUGUAAGUUCUGUAGUGGUUCAGAAGGAAGACUUUAAAAGCAGCAACACCUGUAUUCAAAUAAUGCCUCCACUGCCUACAAGUUCUACGAAUGUAGGUAAGUUACACAACUUCAGUUUUUUUACCUGUAAGAUGAGAAGAGUUGCACUAGUAUCAAACUGGAAUGGAGUUUGAUACAUAGUAUGGCACCUAGGAGAAGCAAUCUCUCAUGUUAUUACUAAAGGUUGAGGUUAUUACUAAAGUUUUCCGUUGUCAGCAUGAAGUGAGAUCUUUAUGGAAGAGUGGGCUAAGAACCAAGACUGCCAAUUCUAGGUUAAAAAAAAUUUUAAAGCAUGUACUCAGAUGGUUCAAAUUUAUCCCAUUAUCUUGCAUUCCUAUAGACCCUGUCUAGUUACUGAACCUUUUGAAUUGGGAGUGAGGAAAGGGAAGCAACCACACAACAUUUUCUCAUUUAAAAUUUUUUAUUUUGGCACCCACUUGAGUACCUGGUAGGGUGGGGCUGUCCUCUAUGGGGGCAAUGGAGUAUUAGUGAGGGGAUCAUGGCCCUGGCCUGGGGGAUGACAACAAAGGGCUAUGUGACAGCAACAGGUCACAAAGGGAAGCAGAAGAUAAAUAUGGCCGCAAAGGGGGUUUAGGCAGAGAGGGUGAUCACUUACUGUCACUAGGACUACAGUUUGUAGACUCUCAGGGAGAGAGACUACAAACUGUAGUUAAAAAAAUCGGAGGUGGAGGUCAGGGGGUUAGACCCAGAAGAAAACCUCUCUGGAGCCCACCCUGCAUCUCUACAUCUUGGAAGAGUCUGCAGUUCAGGCACCCCGCAGAACCCCCUACAGCAAUCAUCCGUACUCCCACCCCCACCCCGGCCUCUGGGAGGCUCUCAGGCAACAGCAGGGGCCUGUGGGGUGGGGUGGGAUUGAGAGACAAGCUGCAGAGCCAUCUUUGUGACCCAGGAGCACCACUGGUCCCUCAUCUGCCACCGAGGCCAAGGAAGACCCAGAGACCUGCCUCACCAGCCCUGCCAUUGUGCUGAAAGACAGCCAUGAAUGGUGAUUCUCUGCUGCCGUAUUAUACGGCCCAGAGUGGCUCCAGCAUGAGCAUGUUCAACACCACUAUGGGGAGACUGCAGCGACAACUGUACAAGGGGGAGUAUGAUAUAUUCAAAUACGCACCGAUAUUUGAGAGCGACUUUAUCCAGAUCACCAAAAGGGGAGAAGUGAUUGAUGUGCACAACCGUGUCCGUAUGGUGACCAUGGGCAUUGCACGAACCAGCCCCAUCCUCCCACUCCCAGAUGUCAUGCUGCUGGCACGACCAGCCACCGGCUGCGAAGAGUAUGCUGGACAUGGCCAGGCCACCAAGAGAAAAAAACGCAAGGCAGCCAAGAACUUAGAGCUCACCAGGCUCCUCCCUCUGAAGUUUGUACGAAUCUCUGUUCACGACCAUGAGAAACAACAGCUGCGCCUGAAGUUUGCCACUGGCAGAUCUUGCUAUCUGCAAUUGUGUCCUGCUCUCAACACACGGGAUGAUCUCUUUGCUUAUUGGGAAAAACUAAUUUACCUCUUGCGGCCACCCAUGGAGAGUAACAGCAGUACCUGUGGCAUUCCAGCUGAAGACAUGAUGUGGAUGCCUGUGUUUCAGGAAGACAGGAGGAGCCUGGAAGCCGUGGAUCUUCAAGGAAAGGGGGAUCAGGACCAGGUCAGCAUCCGGAGCCUCCAUAUGGUCUCUGAGGUGUGUGGGGCCACCUCUGCUGCUUAUGCUGGAGGGGAGGGACUCCAACAUGACUUUCACAAACCCACUAACGUGCUCAAUGUAUCCAUCCCCAAAACAUCUACGGAGCUUGCUGAGGAGCCAGCAACAGGGGCGACUAAAGAGGCAGCAGCAGCAGGGGCAGCUGCAGGGGCAGCAACAGGCACCGUAGCAGGUGCCUUGAGUGUGGCAGCAGCCAGUUCUGCCCCCGGACAGGUGAGCGUAGCCAUAGCUGGGGUGGCCACCAUAGGUGCAGGAGGAAGCAAAAGCAACAUGGCCAUUGCAGGCACUGCCAGCAUGGCUCCAAACAGCACAAAGGUGGCCGUGGCAGGGGCUGCAGGCAAGUCCUCAGAGCAUGUUUCCAGCAUGUCCAUGAGCCUUUCCCGAGAGGGCAGCAUGAACCUGGCCAUUGCAGGAGUAGAACUGACCAGCAGGACUGCUGCAGAAACAGACAUGGAUGCAGCAGCAGGACUUCCUGUCUCCACCCGGCAGAGCAAGAGCAGCCUGAGUGGACAGCAUGGAAGGGAGCGAACCCAGGCCAGCGCUGAAGCUUGCAAGGAGGGGAGGGAAAGAAGGGAAAAGGACAAGGCUCUUGGAAGGAGUUCCCGUCGCCGCAGGACAGGUGAAAGCCGCCACAAAACAAGGGGGGACAAGAUUGCCCAAAAGUCCUCCAGCAGGACCUCAUUCAGCCACAGAGCCAGUAGAGAUGACAAAAAGGAGAAAGGCUGUGGCAGCCCAGGGAGCAGCAGGCACGGGGACUCGCAUAAAGGUGUCAGCCACACGCCCAUCUCAAAGGAGUCCAGGACCUCUCACAAAUCUGGGAGGAGUUUAUCGACCACCAGCUCCGGAUCCAGCAAGAGACUUGGCAGGAUCAGCUCUUUCCUGAGGAACGUCAGAGCCAACCUUACUACAAAAGCAGUGGGCACAACAUAUGGCAGAGAUGUGGACAUCAUGGCUAAGACGGUGGAGAGGAGCACCAACGUGGUCAUCGCCGAGACAGCAGAAGGUGGCCAGGGGCUGGAGAUGGUUGGUUCUAUGACACCGGACGUCAUGGAGACAAUGACCUUUGAAACCCAUUAAAUAAGACCCAGAGAUGGAAGCUGUGAAGGAGCCCAGAGCUCAUAGGAGUGUCCCUGGAGAGCCUAUUCCAGCAUUCUUUACUGCCAUUUAAAUAAAGAACCAUACAUCUGA